CAGCGUACGAACGUAUCGAGAAUUCGUUCUUCCUGCACUCCAUUGCAAGUUUCUUUGUAAAACCAUUGAAAUUUAAUCGUUAAAAACCGUGUUUCAUAAAACGAUCUUUGGGUGAAAUUUCUUGUGCUCAGGUUUUUUGUGAGUGAUUUUGAAAAAUAAACUUAAUUAAGGUGGUUAUGCCGGUGGAAUUGGAAUCGAUGGCACCUAUCGCUCAUAAAACCAUCUCUCAUAAUGGAGAGAAGAUGAAUAAACUGUGCCGUCAACUCUCGAUCGAGAGCCCGAGCGUGACCGGUCGGGAUUGUGUCUUCAGCUUCGAUGUACCCGUGCCGGAUGUGCCGGCGCAUGGUGCCCGCAUCCGGGUGGUGUGUGCUGGUGCUUGUUACCAUCCUCGACGAUCACCGAGUCUGACCAGUUUGACCUCGGUCUCGAGUGGCAGUAGUCUGGCCGCCGACAUAUCCGUAGAGAGCGAUUACCCGGUAUUUAUACCGCAUCACGGAGUACGCGACGCUGCUCUAUUCCCCGGUUACGAAGUGGCUGGCGUGAUCGAAUCGUUUGGCACCGAGGUACCUGAAGACCGCGAACUUGCUGUGGGCGAUCGCGUUAUUCUCUAUCCCUAUGAUGGCAUUCCCAAUGGUUACGUCGAAUAUCUGGUAGUGCACGACCUCAAGUACCUGAUCAAGCUUCCGGACAGUAUGUCACUUAGCGUGGGAGCUAUGCUGCCGGCCGGCGCGCUUCUCGCCAUGAACACCGUCUUCGCUGCGCACGAACACGUGCAGACAUUAUUGAAGGAGAGGGGUGAAAACAGCGUGUGCAAGAUUCUUGUAGUUGGCACAGGUGGCCUUGCUUUGUGGGCUCUCAGAAUCGCAUCGUAUCACUUCAGUAAUAUGAGGGAUAGAGUUACUACUACAAUAGCCACUCUUAAGGACGAUGGUCUUCUCAUAGCUCAGGAAUUCCAACGCAACAGUCGGCGUAUUGGUUACAGGGUGAACGUAGUACAGUGGAACGAGGAUCUUUAUGAGAAGCAGUUGAUCGAACGCACGAUGGAUGCCUGUGGUGGCCAAGUAGACGUGGUAAUCGAUUUCGGCACGACUUCACGCAAUCUUCAUCGCAGCAUGCAAUGCCUAAGUAAGGGCGGUGUAGUGUUUGUGAUCAAGGAGGUCGCAGAUCGACUACUGCCCAAGUUUAGCCGACGUGCGGAAGAGCGGCAGCAAUCUAUCAAACCGGUAGAACCGGGUACUUUGGAGCAAUUACGGGAGCUGGUGCAACUAGUCGCCUCGGGCGACAUCGAGCCGCCUCCGCACACCGUGUAUCCCGCCGAGGAAGCUCUGGACGUCGUCCAAAAGCUUUGUCACUCGGAGAUCCAGGGCCGCGCGAUUCUCCGCUUUUAUCCCGCGGACUAGAAGAUUUUUCGUUGAAAGAUUUCUCCGCGAUCGCGGAUCAGGCGACAGAUUCGACGACGACGACCGAAAAAGUCCGGAUCCGGCCCGGGUGAUGAGAGUUGUACAAUUGAGAGUUACUACGGCGUGUGCGUUUCGAAGUUUCAAUAUAUAGCUGAGAAGGACUAUCGAGUACAGAAGUAAUUAUAUUGCUUCAUAUUGAGGGCCGGAGAUUAGAUAAAGCGUGUAUGUCCUAUAGGGCGAUAAUUUACGAAUGAGGGGACUUGAUGACUGCAGGAAUGGUCUUCGUAGAAGUGACACGUAAACUCGAAGAGAUUUGACCUACCGGAUCAAAAAGAUCUUACAAGAUCCACAAAAUUUGACGAUACACGAAUGAAAGAGUUGACGAAAGAACGAAUAAAAGAGUUGACGAAAGAAUGACGUUCUGAUUUAUAUGGCUGAUCAAAUAUUAACUGUGUAUUAAUUUGACAGAAUUUUGUAAUAACAACAGUACGAAAUACUUUCGAAUCCAAUUUAAUUUCAUCAGAUUUUUCAUUGAUUGACAAUUCUUUUGAAUGCUAACCAAACAUGUAAUAUUUGAAGGAAAGUUUUCAUAUAAUAAACAUAUAAUAAACGAAUUCUUUUCUGUAAAGAACUUUUUUUCGAAAGUUUGCCAAUGAAACGAAAAAAAUUAGAAAAUUAAUGUUUAAUAUUUUAGAGAUUAUCUCACUUUACGUUUUUCUUUCAAGUAACGAGCAAUUUCACAAAUAGGCAGAGAUAAUAAUGUAUGCGUCAGUCCAUCACACGAGCGUAAGAUAACAACCUAAAUAGCACGAAAAAAUGACAUAAAGCUGUCAUGCUUAAUAAAAAAGGAUAUUAUCGUUAAAGAAGCGACGCUCUCUAUUUUCUUUUAAUGGAUGUCUAAUAUUUGUCGUUUCUUGGCACAAAGUAAAGUCCAAGAUAACAUUACAAUGUAUGCAUAUUUGUGCCGAAUGCACUAAUGCAGUUAUGAGCAAUUAAUGUACGAGGUAUUCUGUUUCAUAUUCAAGAAUCCUUGAAUGGAAACAUGCUGAUUGGAGACACAAAGCAAUAUAGUUGUGCGUCUCUUCGACACAUGUGAAGCUGUGGUAUUAAAACGCGCACGAUAAUAAGAUAAUUUCGACGUGUGUUGAUUAUUUUUACUAAGAAUUCAAGAGUACCAGCAACUAUACAAAAUAGUCAUAUUAACUAUACUGUUUUUAAUAUUUAUACUGUAGUUAAUACGAGUACUUAAAAGUCGUUGGUGCCUAGAAAUAGUGAUAAAAAAAGGAUUAAAAGAAAUUAAACAGCUUCUAAUAUAAUUGUAUUAACUAUACUAUUUUAAUCAUAACUACAAAUAGCUAAUAAUGGCUAUUUAAAGUUGCUGGUAUUUGUAGAAACAUCGACAGUAUGAGAAGAAUUAAAGCUAAUAUUUUUGCUGAAAACAUAUGAAGGAAUGUCGAGAGUUUUCUUAUAAGAUGUUUUAUUAAUACCGCUGUAUUUCGAGCAGAACAAUCGGAAAGAAGUCUGUAUUCAUAUAUUUAAAAUGCAUUUUCGAACGAUCUUUGUUUAAUUAUAUCAAAUGUGUAUAUUGUUGAACAGUUAUAUUAAAUGUAUAUAUAAACUUGACAAGAAUACAGCCUGGUUUAUAACAACAGCGGUACAUUCGAUAUGAUCAGAAGAUUUUAGGGAAGACAGAUCAAGACAGCGAUCAUUCACAUUAAUUAUGUGAUGAGAACCAGCGAUCUUGUUGAGCACGCAUUUAUUUCAAGCGACAUUCUUUAUGGCGUAUACUGCUGUGUAUGUAUUUUAAUUAUCGAGAAAUUUUGUCGCGACAAUAAUGGUGACAAAUUGAUAUCUCAUGUAAUUAUCUGAAAUAUACGGAGUCACUACUAAUUGUCACGAAUGUUCCACGAUAAUUAAUUGAAAGACACCGAUAAAGAUACCGCUGACGCAGUACAAAAGUGUACCACUGCAUGGAACCCAAAACAAGUCCGAUAUUUAUGAGCACACUUCAAUGCAUACUGCAAUGAAUAUUGCAGUACAGGAUCAAACGUGUAUAUUCAAUGUCAAUUCAGGAAUAAUAUUCGAUCGGAUGCGCCUGUACGAGCGCCUAGAAUAAGUUCCCCGUUAAGAUAAGGAUGUUGAAUUGUAAUAAAUAUCUGUCCUACCAUAAAAUGACACGUCGUCGCUAUAGCGAGGUAAUCCCGAAACUUAGUAAAUAACGUGUCUUGAAAGCUAGGAAUACAUUAUCAAUAAGAUUCAAAGUUGUUUCUUUGCAAGGCAG